UGGAGUGUCUCCGGAGUGCGGUAAAGUAGUAAAUUCGCAUCAUCAUCAUCAUCAUAAUUAAAUUUUCUCCCCUGCGGUACAUCUUGAAUCUGCAAAACAAUUACAUAUUGUCGGUGCGCGCGUGGGUGUGCGUAUAUAUACAUGAACUCUAUUUUCCUCUCCUCCAUGAAGCGGAGGAGAGGUCCAGGAGAAGCAGCGCUCUUAGUCUGCUACUACUGCUGAACGCUGUACCCGAGGUGUUGGUGCUUUUGUUGUUGCAAGGAAAAAGAGCGAGGAGCGCUUGGGCGGAAAAGGGUCUGAAGUAUUGCUGUAGUCGAGAAAAGUUGCAAGAGAAGCUGGAGGACAAAGCUGGAUACAAUGGCUGAGUCUGGUGGGCCGAUUUUGCACGUCAUCGUCGUGGGCUUCCACCAUAAGAAAGGGUGUCAGGUGGAGUAUUCUUUUCCUCCACUGGUCCCUGAUGCACCAAAUGAAUGUCCGAUUGGGUGGAAGUAUUUGCCAACCUUAGCUUUACCAGAUGGAUCUCAUAAUUACGACGAAGAUACAGUUUAUUUUCAUUUGCCUAGUCUCAACGAUCCUAAUCAAACGGUUUAUGGAGUCUCAUGUUUCAAACAAAUACCUGUAGAGAAACUAGUGAAUCGCACAUCAGACAUAACAAGGGGAACAGUACAAAAGUCUGUAUGCGUUUUGAGCAAGAUGCCUCUUUAUGGACACAUUCAAGUAAAAAUGGCUCUGAUAACACACGCCUACUUUGAUGAAGGAGAUUUCAGUAAAGUAUCCUUGCUAGAGGAAACAUACGUACACUUGAACUCCUGCAUGAGCGGUGAAAGCCAAAUGCCACCACAAGUUUUUAUUGGCUUAUCAGCUAGAGAAUUUAUAUUACAAUUCCGUCAUAAAGCUUUGCUGUUGUUCAAACUCUUGCUUCUUGAAAGGAAAGUAGUUUUUUAUCAAUCACCUGUGCAGCCUUUGUGUUCGGCCAUACUCACAUUGCUAUCGUUGUUUCCUGGCAUGAUCGAAACUGGAUUACAACAGGCUGCUUGCAUUAGGCCGUCAAGACCAAUGUCUCCUAUACCAAAUUUCGAAGAAGACGGGUUCAUGCACAAUUUUGACUUCAAUUCACGUCAAGUAAAUACAUCAGAAUUAAAUAUACAAAAUAUAGUAUUAGAUGCGACACCGAAUAACAAGAAACCUAAUGGAAAUCCGUACUGUCUGAACGACAAUAAAGCAGUCGAAACGAUGGAAGGCAAGAGUAUCAAUUUUGAGCUGUCGACUGACGAGUGUUCCGAAGUUUUCUCAGGUAAUGAACAAAAAGGUUCGAACGAAACGGUGCACCGAGUACAUAGUGUUACCGCGAUAAACAAUGCGGGCAGUGCCGAUGCCGAUAACAAUUUGCCAAGAGACAUGAGCAGUGACGCGCUUACCGAAGCUCGUGUUACCAGUAGCUUGACUCAAAUCGCGAAUAUAGAUCCAGAGCUCUGCGGUAUGCCUCUUAGUCUUUUUACAAAGGGCUAUCUGUGCCUGCCAUAUCUGUCACUGCCAUAUCUAGAUUUGUUAAGCGACGUUAACGUUAGAGGCUACGUUGUAGGAGCGACUAAUGUUCUGUUCAAACAAAAGAAACAAUUAAUCGACGUCUUGGUCGAGGUGGAAAGUGCGCGAAUAGAAGCAAACGAUCCAGAACUUCGUCGUCUGCUACACCUGACGACUGAGGAUCUAAGGUUCGCCGACUAUGUGGUUCGUCAUGUGUCUGAACCGAAGAAAGACAACUUUUUCGACGGCGUUGGGUGGGAAGGUGGCGACGAGUGGAUCCGCACGCAGUUCCGCGUCUAUCUGCUCUGCUUGUUGAGGACGUCGCUACAACAGGACGCUCGUCAAACUGACCACUACAACUCAGCUUUUAUGAGCGCGUGGCAAGCUACUAACAAUUACAAGAUGUGGGCUAAUUUGAAUAACGCCGAGAUCAACUGUGUCGAGCCUGGACACCCAUUUGCUGGUCAGCUUUCUGUACAGGAUAUGAAACUGCGACUAUCUCAUACAAUGCAAAAUACUGAAGGUGGAAGAAAAUUUAAUCAGGCCAUGGCAUCAACGGGACGUGCCGUAGCUACCACAGGAAAAGCAGUUGGAGGAGCGCUAUCGCAGGCGAAAGGCGCCUUCUCAAACUGGUGGAGCACACUAACGACGGUUCAACCCAUGGAUCCAAGCAUGGGUGAUCCGACGAAAUCGUGUGACAGUCAACCGAUGCAGAUGGUAACGGACAUUUUGCAACAACAGCAAAAUGUUCACGCGAACGCGGAUAAAACACAGAGUGUUGACCGGCCGUGAGAACAAAUAGGUGUACUCGAAUUUAAGUAGUAAUUUAAGUGUCUAAUACGCCAAGUGAUAACUUUUAACGAGCGAUUACGUUGUAGAAAAAAAUGAAGUUUUCCAAUUUCCUUUUUUCUGUUGUAAAAUAAUUCUACGAAAAUAAUUGAACAUCAUUUGCCGCUUUCAUGAAAAAUCGUGUAAACAUACAUAUCUACAAGUUUUUAUGAACUCUCAACAUUAGUGAUAAAAGUGUGCUUGAACCCAAUCUAUAACAAAAACCCAUCAAAGAAUGAUUUUUUUUUUAGUUCAAUUUUUACUUUCUGUAAUAUACAUAUAUAUAAAUUUUUUUUUUACUCUUUUUCAUAAACUUUUCGUAAACUAACUUUUCAUCUUAAAAUUGUGGAUAUUAGUUAUUUUGUACUUACGUAAAUGUUAGGAUGAAAUGGAUAAGAAGAAAAAAACUAACUAGAGCAUCGUAGUCACGCGAAAUACUUCACUCAAUUUUAAUAGACUACGGGUUUAGACAUUGAAACAACGUAUGUUUAGUUUUGAACACCCUCAUUUUGUAGCAUGCACUACUUUUUGAUAAAAGAGCAUAGUAACACUUGUUUUGUACAUACAGGUUCAAGUAGUGUUUUAGAAACGGAUCCAAAUAAUGAUAAAAACUAUGUCUUCAGAAAAAGUUUUAUCCAUAAGAGGAAAUAUGUAUUUUACAUGCAGUUUAUAUAACGUAAAAACAUGUACAUACAGUUGUAUAAAUCAUAAGUCUAUACUCACGCGGACAAUAUCAAAUAAGAUAUGACAGCUAUUCACGUACGUGGUAAAUGUUGGACUCUAAAAAGAUUGAUUUGCUUUCUUAUCCAUGGUCUAAACAUUUAUUUUUUAAGAAAAAUUGAAUUAAGAUGAGUAAUAAAUUUUAUUUCGUGCUGUAUUGUACUAAUGUGCAUUUGCAAUCGAUUAUUGGUACAGACGAAAUCGAAUUUUUAUAUCGACUUACAGUGAGAUCUACAAAUAUUAUGAUUUAUAGGACAUGAUAUUUUUUUUAAUUGUAAAAAUUACAAUGAAUCAUUCCUUGUAACUAAUAAGUAUUAAUGCUGACCAAUCAUGACACAAAUCCAAGAUCUAUCGUUUUUUUUUUUUUUUAGUUACUUAAUUACGUUAGCUGUGUAAUAAUUUAACGAAGCAUACGAUGGAAUGAGAGAAAGGAGUAUUAUUUACAAUAGGCGCGAGAAUCAGGGUAGGGUAGAAUGUACAGUAAUUUAUGUAGAAAAUAAAUUAAAGAAACAAAAUUAUUAACUUAAAAUAUAAAAAUGUGUGUGAUGCUGUAAAAGAUUUGUAUAAUAUAAACACCAGUGAAAUGUACAGUCGUGCAUUAAAAAAAACUUCUCUGUAGUUUUUUCACGAAAAUGAGAGGUUUGUAAUUUUUUUUCAAGUUACACGUUAAGAAACAUGAAAGUGCAUAUUGAUUUGAUCUAAGGGAAAAUAAUUUAUUAUGUGAUACUUGGCUUUACUUAAGUGUUUAUUUUUAUUUUUUAUUAUUUUUUUUUUUUUUCUUAUCAAAUACGGUGUGUACAUGUUGUAAGAUUACGUUUCCUUUAUUCUUAACUUUUUUGAAUACUUUAUCACGGAAAAUAUUUUAUUUUAAAUGAGUUUCAAUCAUUUUUUUACAUAAACAUUGAAAUUUAAAAAUGAGUGAGAGGUAGUCCGUGUUUGCAUCAUACUCGGUGAGAACAAAAACAAAACGUUGUUUAACCAUUAUCAGACGUUACCUUUUGCAGAUUUACCUGAAUCAUUGUUGAAUUGAAAUGAAAGACUCCGAAAUCGUUCAAACAUAAGUAUUGUUGAUACUGUGCAUAUAAAUCGUCUAUAAAGAAAGAUCCUCUGUUCUCAAAACUUUAGGGAGGAACUUUGCCUAAUAUCUGUUUCGUAAAAAAUGACUUUUUUUAUAUGUACUGUUGCUUUUCGAACAAAUCGCGUUCAUAUAUUGGAAAAACAAACAAAAUAAAGAAAACGAACGAUCGUUUUUAAUCGCACAUAAUAUUAUGAUGAUAUAAAAAAAAAGUUAUAUACAUCGUGCGCCCAUUAUACUGUCCUCUGUAUAACCGCUAAGUUCCAAUCAGUACAAAAAUAAGAUCAUUUUCUUACGUAAUAUUCGUCGUUGGUUAAUAAAUUUUAAUGUUGUAUCAAUGGAAUUAUUAGUGUAAAAAAUUUUAGAAAUGCAAUGUCGUAAAAUUUAACAAAAUUUGAUAAAAAUGUUAUUUAGUAAUUAGUUGGGGGACAUUAACUAAAAUAUUAACUAUAUAUACAAUACGAUUGUGAGAUUGCGGUGUGACAAAUGAAAUUGUAAGUACGUAUA